AUGGCAACAAGAGAAGGUUUCACAAUCCCAGCAUCUAUAUCACAUGCAGCAUCAGGUCAAGUGACAAGUAAAUCCCUUGGUGUGAAAUAUAAUUGUGCACAAUGUGCUGCUUCUUUUUCAUUAAGUAAAAAUGAUGCUAUUAGAUGUAAAGAAUGUGGUCAUCGUGUUAUUUAUAAAGCAAGAACUAAAAGAAUGGUACAAUUUGAAGCAAGAUGA